AUGGUGUCGACGUUAAUCUCUUCUUUAGCCGUUCUCUUGCCGUUUACGUUGUUAGCUCCGUCAAUUUCAUCGAGAACCUCUCGAAUCGACGUCGUCGGCUGGACUUGCAACAACGGAACGGUCUCCGACGAUGAGGCUUACCGGAGAUCUUAUAAGGCCAAUCUCGACGGGAUUAGAAAUGAUAUGAGGACGGUCAAGUUUGGGACUCAUGAACACGGAGAUCCUCCGCAGAGGAUGUACCUUCUGUCGCAGUGUGCUAGCGAUCUCUCCUCCGACGAAUGCAAUCUCUGUUGGUCUCACGCCACCGAUCUCCUCCUCUCUCAAUGUUUCCCGGCCACCGGCGGUCGGUAUUACCUCGACGGUUGUUUCGUCAGGGCUGAUAAUUACAGCUUCUAUCGCGAGCCUAUCACUCAUCAGGACGCCAAGAUUUGUGCUAGUGGCAAGGAAUCGUCUGCGGAAUUCAAUGGAUUAGUAAAGGAAGUGACCGAAUCGAUUGCUGAGACGGCUCCAUACAGUCAAGGUUUCUCGGUGGCUCGAAAGAGCAGCCAAAACAAUGUAACGGCUUACGGGUUGGGAUUAUGCUGGAGAACGCUGGACGAGGAUUUGUGCAAAUUAUGCUUAGCAGAUGGAGCUUUAUCGCUCUCUAGCUGCUUGCCAUCGCACGAAGGCUUCGCCUUGAAUGCAGGCUGCUACUUUCGUUACUCUAACUAUACUUUCUACGACGAACGUGGACUGCUUUCUAUGAAUUUUACGAAAGAACACAUUGGGCAUAUACUGUUUAUUUCUAUGGUGGGUGUGAUGGCUAUAGCAGUAGGAUUUUGGUGUGGGAAAUGCAUCUAUUUGCGAGCUAGUCCAAAGAGGAAGCUUAAAGAGAAGGAGUCACAGUCUGUGCGUAAUAGCUCACACUUGAUGAGCUUUAAGCAUUCGACUCUUGGAAAAGCAACCAACAACUUCAAUGAGAGUUGCAAGCUUGGUGUUGGAGGUUAUGGUGAAGUCUUCAAGGGAACUCUGUCUGACGGUAGAGAAAUAGCUAUAAAACGGCUGCAUAUAACAGGAAAGAAGCCACGGGAGGAGAUUCAUAAUGAAAUCGAUGUAAUUAGCAGAUACCAACACAAGAACUUGGUCCGGCUCUUGGGUUGCUGCUUCACUAACAUGAAUAGUUUCCUUAUCUAUGAGUUCCUUGCCAAUACAAGCCUCGAUCACAUCUUAUUUGACCCGGAGAAGAAGAAAGAGCUCGACUGGAAGAAGAGACGGACGAUAAUAUUAGGAACAGCAGAAGGUUUGGAGUAUCUCCACGAAGUUUGCAGGAUCAUUCAUAGAGAUAUCAAAGCAAGCAACAUUCUGUUGGACCUAAAGUACAAACCCAAAAUAUCAGACUUUGGAUUAGCCAAGUUUUAUCCAGAAGGUGGCAGAGACAACCCUUCUUCCUCUCCUUCUCCUUCUUCCAUUGCCGGCACGCUAGGAUACAUGGCUCCUGAGUACAUAAGCAAGGGAAGACUCAGCAACAAAAUCGACGCGUACAGCUUUGGAGUCCUUGUUCUCGAGAUAACCAGCGGUUUUCGAAACAACAAAUUCCGGUCUGAUAACUCCCUUGAAACCUUAGUUACUCAAGUGUGGAAGUGUUAUGCUGCAGACAAGAUGGAGGAGAUGAUAGACAAAGAUAUGGAAGAAGAGACAGAUAAGAGUGAAGUGAAGAGAGUAAUGCAGAUUGGUUUGUUGUGCACACAAGAGUCUCCACAGCUUCGUCCAACCAUGUCUAAGGUAAUACAAUUGGUUAAUUCUACAGAUCUUGAAUUGCCUACUCCUACUAAACCACCUUAUCUUCAUGAUUCCAUGUAA